AUGAAAACUACACAGAGGGUAGAGAGCAUUAACCGCUUUUUCGAUGGCUUUGUCACCCGUAAAACAAAACUAUUCGAGUUUCCUGAAAAAUAUAACAAAGCGAUGAAGAAGCGGGUUACGGAUGAGAAAGAUGUUGAUGCAAGGGAUUCCAAGAUGCUAUAUGUUCAGAUCAAGGAGGAGAAAAUUAUCAGUGAAGUUGAAAUUCAGUACUUGGUUUUAGAUCGCGUUUGGGUUGUUCGAGAAGGUUCAAAUGAGGAAAUCAUCACUGAUUCCAGGAGGUUUUACACACUGAUUUUUAACCCUGUCACUAAACAUAUUAGAUGCGGCUGUAGGAAGUUCGAAAAGGAUGGGAUCCUUCGUAAGCAUGUCAUUAGAGUGUGGGAUGAAAACUUGGUGACAGAAAUUCCAUCGGAAUUUGUGCUAAAUUGA